AUGAAAAAAGUGAAAAAAGAGAAAGUAAUAGGACCAGUGGUUCCCGUCAGUUACAACCGGUCAAUUUUAGCUGCCUUCGAGAAGCAAGCAAAGGGAAAAGUGAGAUUUCAUUUAGAAAACAUAUAUCGGAUGGCUAAUUCAUCGCUUUUCAGACUUGUCCAUUAUGUAAUAUCAAGUUUUCAUUAG